AUGGGAGUCAGUCAACACCAUGACGCAAGUCCUUACCGAGACCAUGUAGAUUCCUUCACCACCGCAGAAACGCACAUCGACACCCAAGACGCCUACCACGACGAUGACGAAACCGACACCGCCACCGAGACCGACAACAGGAGCGUCCGCACCGCAAUUCACGACAGCACCAACGACAGCACCAGCACCCCUCGCCUCCGCGUCCUAGAACCCGCCCCAGUCCCUGAAGACCAAGAACACUGGGCACGCGAUCCAGGCGACAGCGACGAGGACGACCCUGUCUACAACGCGCCCAAUGAAAAGCCCGUAACCUGGUCCUCGCUGCCUAACAAGGGGCAGCUUGCGAUCCUGACCAUCGCGCGGCUCUCUGAACCGCUCACGCAGACGUCCCUGCAAGCGUACCUGUUCUACCAGCUGCGGUCGUUUGACCCGUCGCUGCCUGAAUCGACCAUCUCGAAGCAGGCGGGUAUCCUGCAGGGGAGUUUCACGGCGGCGCAGUUUCUGACCGCUGUUGUGUGGGGUCGCCUUGCUGAUAGCGAGGUCUUGGGGAGGAAGCGCGUGCUGCUGAUUGGGCUGUUGGGCACUUGUAUUUCGUGCCUGGGGUUUGGGUUCUCGAGGAGUUUUGCGGCGGCCGCGGUGUUUCGGACGCUGGGGGGUGCGUUGAAUAGUAAUGCGGGUGUUAUGAGGACGAUGAUUUCGGAGAGCAUUGAGGAGAAGAAGUACCAAUCGCGGGCAUUCAUUCUCUUGCCUAUGUGCUUUAACAUUGGUGUGAUUAUCGGUCCAAUUCUUGGUGGAAUGCUGGCGGACCCGCGUAAGAACUAUCCGCAGUUAUUUGGACCUGGAUCGGUGUUGGGAGGAGAGAAUGGUGUGUGGUGGAUGGAGCACUGGCCGUUCUUGCUCCCGAACCUGGUCAGCGCUAUCUUCAUCUUCAUCUCGUGGUCUUUUGUGUUCCUCGGUCUUGACGAGACGCACGAAGUCGCCCGGUACAGAAGCGACUGGGGUCGUAAGCUCGGUCGCCGACUAUUCAGGGUCUUUCGACGCCGGCGAUACCACCAAUACCGUUCUAUCUCGGACUAUCCCGACGAUACCUCUCUUCUAGUUGAUGAAAGUGUGACAACCAGAUCAAUUCCACCAAGCCCCGUCCGCUUGCGCGUCCAUCGUCGCAAGGGCACCAACUACCGCCAACUCUUCUCGCGCAACGUCCUCCUGACGCUCCUCGUCCAGUUCCUUCUCGCCUUCCACACGAGCGCCUUCAACUCCAUGACCUUCAUCUUCCUGCCGAGCCCGCGCGCCCCAGAAUCCAGCCAGAAGGGCUUCUUUCGCUUCGGCGGCGGUCUAGGACUUCCCUCGUCACGGGUUGGUCUCGCAACAGCAAUCAUCGGCAUCAUCGGCCUCCCGCUCCAGAUAUUCAUCUACCCGCGCAUCCAGAACCGUCUCGGAACACUCACCUCGUUCCGCACGUUCCUCCCAUUCUCGCCACUUUCGUACGCGCUUAUGCCCUUCCUCGUCCUGAUCCCAAACUAUCCGUACCUCGUCUGGCCGGCCUUCACGCUUGUCGUAGGACUUCAGGUGCUGUCCAGGACCUUUGCGCUCCCCGCGGCUGUGAUCCUCGUUAAUAACAGCGUUACCGAUGCGUCGAUCCUGGGCACAGUUAACGGUCUUGCGACGAGUAUCUCCAGCGGAGCACGAACAUUGGGACCGCUGCUGGGCGGAUGGGGGCUGGGUCUGGGGUUUAUGUAUAAAUUUGUCGGUGGGGUGUGGUGGGCGUUGGCGAUUGAAGCGCUGCUAGGCUGGCUUUUGCUUGGGACGAUUUAUGAGGGAAGGGGGAUCGAUAGGACGAAGGAUCUGAUUGUUGAGAGGGAGGAAGCCGAAGAGGAGGAGGAGCGGAGGUGA